AUGGAUAAUUCAAAAGGUGAGGAACUAAAAAGAAUCAGUGAAGUUGAUUUAUUAAAAAAUAAAAUUAAGUGUGAUGAAAUAAAAAGAAAGUCAAAUGGUAUAUAUUUUUUUAAUGAAGAUCUCAAUAAUAAAUUAUGCAGUGACUCUAAAUUUGAUAUAAAUAACAAAGAAAAAAAAUAUGAAAGAGCAAAAGAAAAUAACACAUCAAAUAACUUAUUGUGUGAAAAAAAAAAUUUACUUGAAGAGAAUUUAUUAAAAAAAAAAGAGACAAAUGAAGAACUGCACGUAGAUGAAUUAUAUACAAAUCAACAAAAUCGAAAGAAAAGAAAAAAAAGAAAAAAGAAAAAUAAUGAUAACAAUGAAAUGUCAAAACCGACGAAGCAAAUGAUUAGAAUAAAUUAUUUAUUACAAGCUUCAUUUCUAAUGAAUAAAUUUAAUCCUAACAUAUCCAGGGAAUACAUUAAAACUAUGAGAAGAUUUUCCAAUAAGUUUUUGAUAAAAUAUGAUAAAAAAUUCAAAAAAUUAUUUUGCAAAAAAUGUAAUUCAGUUCUUGUUCCCAGUAUAACAUGCAAAGUUUCUGUUGAUCCAUUGAAUUUACAAAAAAAAAAAGUUGACAAAAACGAAUGUAUAAAAGAUUCUAUAAGCAUAAGUAAUAAUUUUAAUAUAAAGUCAAGAGAUGAAUAUUUAGUAUCAUAUAAGUGUAACUAUUGUCAUAACAUCACUAAAUUUGUUUAUGAAAACAAUUUAAUUAUUUCUCAAGAGAAAGAAAAGUCUGAUGAAAAUGUACAUAUAAUUUAA